UGGGAACAGCUAGAAAUGGCGAAACCAAUCGGUACUCGGUCAAGUUCUACGACAGCAAAGUAUGUAAGAGUUUUUUAUUAGGCUGCUGCCCGCACGAGAUCCUGGCCUCCACGGUAAGUAAUGCUAACGGGACACACACAUACACACACGGGGAUCUGUGAUAUGUUGUUGUACGCUUAGAUAUCAAUGUCUUCCAUCCCGCUCUCUACAAUUCUAUCCACAUUUUCCUCUGUGAUGUUGUAACAUCCGUCUCUCCCCCGCAUUGUUCCCCGUGUCUUUUGGAAAGUAUUUGCCCAAAUGUAUCUGAACGAAGCGAAUGUACAAAUUAGAUUGACACUUGCAAGCGCUUGCAAGCUUAGAAGGUUGCGGCAAAGGUCGUGGUUGCUGUGGGAGAGUGCGCUGGCGUGUUUUUGGGCGUGCUGUAUGAUUGUUACUGCUCCUGUUACUUUAUCUUUCCCACUCUUGUUCGGUUCUGUUCUAUUUUUUACAGACGUCGGUCACAACACGUCGCUUUUUCCUCACAAUUUCAAGCAAUAAAAAUCAUUCCCAAUACAAAAAACGCAAGAUACACACAAUAGCCCAUACCAGGCAAAAUGAGUAAAAGGGAAAGCGAAGGUGCGUGUGCAUUCUAUUUGGUAAGUUGUGCUAUCUCGCAGCGAAGCGCAGGAAACCACAAGCCGUAAGCAAACCAAAAUAAUAAAAAAACCAAUUUGUCGAAUAACUAGAUGUGUGCAUGUUGCCCUAUAUGCAUAUAAAGCAAACUUUCAUCUUUCGCUUAGGGGAGGGCCACCCCGCGACCACACGGUAUCGCGUGUGGCCGCCAUCGUCGUUGCUCGUUGCUCUGUAGAUUCGUUCAAGCAAGCAAAUCGCAAUCGCCUGCACCCACUCGCGUUAUGAUAAGAAACGAACUAGUCCGAUGGUCGCGAACCGUUUGUUGUCCGCCCGCAAAGCAACCAUCCUUCUUUAACGCACUGAUUGAUAAGAGAGUCAUGAUGAUGAUGAUGGUGAUGAAGAUGAUGGGAGAUAAUAAGACUGAAGCCGAGUCUACAUCCUGUCGCCCGCUCAUUACCCGCUCUCCAACGAUGCCAAGCAGUUUCUAGUUGUCCGACCCAUUUGUCCUACCUACCUACCUUGCCCGCGCUACACGCGGUACGGCAAACCGCCCGUCCGGAGGUUUGGUGGUUGCACUUUUGUUCUGAGACAGUGGCUGCUGCUGACGCUUCCUGGCCCGGGUACCGUAAGUGUUUCCUACAAUGUUUGCCGUCGAAAAAAGCAAUAUUCCUUACCCCAUUCUCGACACCUAGUACCCUCUAUUCUGACCCAGCUGUGUAUAGAGAUAAUGUUUAGUUUUGAUUGAUUUGUAAUUUGCCUGACGAUUCGUGCGUAUCGGUCCUACCUUUCUCCCACGAAACUUCGGCAUUCGAUAAUAUAAGCCCAAUUGUCUACAGAGAAUCAAAUUUGUGUCAUGGUGACUGGGGGCCCAUUGUGGACGAAAGAUCUGCGGGAAUGUGCCUCUGGUUUUGUGCACCGCACCGCCCUAGUCUGCGUUUAGUGUGUAGUUCGUCUUGGGUACGUAUUAAUAAUGAAGGAUAAAUCCAAACACUUGCGAGAGCAAAGCCCCCCUGACAUAGCUUCUUCAUCCGACGUUUGGGUACUGUCCUGGUGUGUGAUACGCUUACGGGUACGUAAAUAUUGUGUUUGUGAGAAUUCAAAUACUACCGAUAAGAGACAAAAGUUGUAGAUCGCUUAGGCAGGCAAAUAGGAAGCGUUGAACAGGAGGAUACUACAUCAGAACCUUAGAGCAUAAUUAAUUGCCCAGAUUUUAUUUAUCAAUUUAUUUAUGACAAAAAGCUCUUCUAAUUUAUUUGUAGAAUAUAGUUUUAUGUGUCUCUUUAUUUUGAAGUUUGCUUUUAGAAAGAUAACCAAGAUUCGUAAAAAUAAUUAAAAAAUGAAGUCAUUUCCAGAAAAACAGGAAGUGAAUAGCAUUUUAAAAGGAUAAUUAAAGUACUCGUAAACCUCCUCCCAGUUACUAUAUCUGUGAAGUAGACAUGCAGGGCAGUAAGAGAAAGGUAUAUAAUUGUAUAAUUUGACUAAAACAAAAACGAUCGCUCUCCUACAUUUGGGAACGUGUUAUCAUUAUCUCUAGGUGUGUGGUGUUUAAACUGCUUGGUGAGUAACAAACAAACAUCAUCCAAUUUAUAUUUUUAACUAGGUUUCCUUUUCUGUAACAUCCGGUAUCCGACAUCAUCUAACAUCUGUACCAAAAUAAGCAAAACAUUUUUGAUUUUCAGGUCUUCUUGUUGUCGAAUGCGUUCUCUCUCUCUCGUGUGCACGCGCGGCUCCAUCAAGCAAGUUAUAAAUUCCUAUAGUAAUUUCAAUCUUAACCUAUUGUUCCUUUGUUUGAUGUGUGCGGUCAGUGCAGCUGAAGACGCAUUUCUAUGCUGCGUUUAAAGUAUUGCCUUUUUACAAUAAGAUAGCGUUUAAAGUUUAGUUGAGUUUCCUUUUUUUUGUCUUUUUGGCUGCGUGUUUGUCUGUGCCUCCUGUACUAAACGAUCGAGUGUUUCGUUUCUUUCCUUCUCUUCCAUCUUUCCUUCGUUCUUCGUUCUUUUGUACGUGACGUCACUGUGUGUCCGUGUGUCUGUAGCGUAUGGACCUUGGCGAGUGUCCGAAGGUGCACGAUCUGGCCCUGCGAGCGGACUACGAAAAUGCAUCAAAGAAUAAGGACUACUACUAUGACGUUGAUGCAAUGGAACAUCUGCAAGCCUUCAUCGCGGACUGCGAUCGUCGCACGGAGGCGGCCAAGAAACGGCUCGCCGAAACGCAGGAGGAGCUAACGGCCGAGGUGGCCGCCAAAGCGAACGCAGUGCACGAGCUGGCGGAGGAAAUCGGUAAGAAACUUGCUAAAGCGGAGGCUCUAGGUGAGGCGGGACAGGUGGAGGAAAGCAUGAAGCUGAUGUCGGAGAUCGAGGAGCUGCGGUCGGAGAAGACGCGCGCCGAGCAGGAGUAUCGCAGCUCGAUACCGGCCAGCACCUACCAGCAGCAGAAGCUGCGCGUCUGCGAAGUCUGCUCGGCCUAUCUGGGCAUCCACGACAACGACAUCCGGCUGGCGGAUCACUUUGGCGGUAAGCUACAUCUGGGCUUUUUGGCCAUUCGCGAAAAGCUGGCAGAGCUGGAGAAGACGGCCGGUCCGCGGCAGAAGGAGCUGCGCAAGACGGGGCGCGACCGGGACCACGAGGACCGGAGCCGAUCGCGGUACGUUGGCGGCAGGGAGCUGGAUCGGCGUUCCCGUGCGUUGGCCCGCAGCCGUGACCGGAAGGAUACGAACCGUGAAAUUAAACCGGGUGAUGAUCGGAAGGAUCGCAAUGAAGGUCGUGAUCGAGAUCGCGAUCAGCGUGACCGAGGCGAUCGUCGCCGGUCGCCCGAUCGUAGCAGCCGCCGAUCGAGAAGCCGCGACCGUAGCCGUGAGCGCGAUCGCCACAACGAUCGGCACAACGAUCGACGCCGGCGGUCCCGGUCACGCGAACGAUCCAGACGGUAAGCAUCUAUCAUUCUGUAGACAUCCCAAAACCACACAAAGCAGGUAGUAGCGGAUAGGAAUGCACAGAGAAUGCACGAUCUGUCCGACGCGCAAUGAUCGUGCAGACGGCUUCAACGGUUCAACGGAAAACUCGCGCUCUUGUUGUGGAUGGACCGCGGAACACCGAUUAAUUUGUAAGCAUAGUUCUAACUUCAUUAUAAUUUUUAUUCAACCUUACGAUAUUUGUUUUUCCUAACCGACACGUCGCCAAUUGUGCUAAUUGGACAGUGUUGUUUAAAUGAAACAAUCACAGUUAGUUAAAAAAAAAACUUCUUGUAAAAUGGAACCAAUUUCAAUGGAACAUCUUGAUAUUGUUUAAACAUUUAAUUACACACUCUGUUCCGCUGCGUAGUGUUAUUGCCCGGUGGUGAAUGUAUAAGUUAACACAGAAAUGGUACAAUAAACCCCCGUCCAUGGGUUAUUAGUGCAUAACAAUUUGCGAGUGUAUCGUUGCAUCGUGCUGUGUCGUCGCAAAUCGCUUUGAUUCGGACCCGGAAAGAGAGAGCGAGAGAGAGAGGGAGAUCAACUGAAUUGGCGAACCACCUCUGAGUAUGUAUUGCAAAGCGUGUAAAUGCAGAAUUAUAGCAACAAAAAUCUUACGUAGUCCGUAGGGGUAGUCAUAAUAUUCUGAAGGCAAAUCAGAUCAGUAAAAUGGGGCUUUUUGGAGUUUUUGAACUAUCGUCCGAGAUGUGUGUGGUUUUGUUAUGUCUAGUUUGAGCUGAUUGCCGUCUAUGCACUGGCACAACUGAUUCACUCAGCCGUGAAUCGUAAUCCUAUCAUCAGACAUACAUUGUCCAUCGUUUAAAAUUAAUGUAUCCUUGGGGAAGUGGAAGCAUGACUUUUUCAUCUUUGCAUGAAAACGAACGCUUCUAUUGCUGUUGCAGGAUGGCUAAUUUAUUUUGGCAACCAAUCACCCAUUAGGGCUUUGUAAAGUAAGCACACAGGACACAACUGAAACGCGCAAUAGCGAGCGUUUUUCAUGUUCGAGCAAAAUUCAAAUGAAAAAAGUAAAAUAGGCAUAAGCAUUUAAAUAACGUUUUAUAUCAACCAUCUGUAAGAUCCCCAUACAGGUUUUUUCGUAGGUGUAUAGAAGAAAUAAAAUCGAGCAUUACGUGUCAAAUAAAA